AUGAUAAGAAAAAAGGAAGUAUUAUAUAUCUUAACAUGCUUAUUUACAAAUAUAUACUAUUGUAUAAAAAAUGAAAUAAACUAUGAAUAUAAUUCUCAACUAAACAAAAUAAAAAACCCGUUUCGCAUAGAUAUAGAAAAUAAAGAAGAAUGUAAUUUUAAAUAUGAUAAUAUAAAAUCUUUGUUCAAGUAUAUAUAUUUAAUUGAGUGCUCCGUUAAUACUAAUAAAUUACAACUACAUUUUAUUAAUAUAGCAAAAAAUAGUAAUAAAAAAAAAGAUAUAUAUCAUUUCUAUAACGAAAAUGAUAAAAAAAUAAAGAGUGAUAUUGUACAAUUUGAUAUAGAAAAAAAUGAUAAAAAAGUAAAUUAUAAAGUAUGCCCAUCACUUUAUAAAUAUAAAAGUCAUUGCUUUUAUAUUUCUAUUAUUAUAAUAUUUCAAAAAAAACAAAUAGAUGGCUUACGAGAAUUAUUUAUAAAUCAUAUAUUACUUAAUAAAGAGGAUGAUUUUAAAAUUUCAGAUUUAUUACAUUCAAAUAAUAUAAAAAUUAUUGAUAACAAAUUAAAAUAUCCUGUCUUUUGUCUAGUACAUAAAAACAAAAUUAAAAGAUAUCAUGUAAUAGAUAUUAAUAUUGAAAGAUAUGUACCCUUAUAUAUAUAUGCAUCUAGUUAUAUAUAUAAUUUCGUAUUUAUUGAUAGAAAUAAAAAUAAUUUAUUGAAAGAAGAAAAUUAUAUAUAUGAAUCCUAUUUCUACAAGUUUUAUUGUACUACUGAUAAUAUGAAUAUAUAUGUCAGUACUUGUGAUAAGGAAAAAAAGCAAUUUUAUAUUUAUAAAAUUAAUAUAUAUUGUUAUAGGACGUAUAAAAGCUAUUUAAACAAUAUAUACGAUAUAAAUAUUGUUGAAUUAGAGGAUAAGAUACAUUAUCAAUAUUUAUAUGAUAACGAAAAGAAUAUAAACAAUAAAAUGGAAAAUCUAUCUUAUGCUUCACAUAAUAGUAAAAGUAAUAAUCAAAAUAAUACUAAAUUAAUAAGCGAUAAUAAUAAUUUGUUUGUUUAUAAUAAUCCUAGUUUUAUUACUCCUACGUUUCAUGUAAAAAAACAUAAAUAUGAUAUAUACACAUCAUCAGACACGUUUCUAUUUGUAAUAAAAGUUCAUAACAACCAAUUAAAUAACAUUACAAUAAAUAAUAAGAAAGUAUUAUCUGAGUAUAAUAUAAUGACCUUAAAUGAAUUACCUGAUGAUCAAUUUUAUGACGACUGUAUAUAUCUAUGGAAAAGGUUACAAGAAAAUAAUUACCUUGAUGAAAGUACAGAGGAAUUAAAAAGUGAAAAAUAUACAAAAAAAUACAAAAUGGAUAAUCAUAAUUAUAAUAAUAGUGGUAAUAAAACUUAUUCAAAUGAUAAUAAUUAUAAUAUAGAAACAAUCAAUUAUAAUAUGAAUUCUAAAAAUAGGUUUUACUAUAAUAAAGAAAAAAUACCUUAUCAUUUCUUCAACAAUAUAUACGAAGAAGACUUUUUGCAUCUUUAUAAGAACAAAAAAAAUAGAAAUCCAGUUAAUAUUAAAAAAAAGUUGUGGUAUGAAUUCUUUUUCCUAUCCUCAUCACAAAAAACAAAAACAAAAAUAUAUAAUCAUAAUGAAAUAAAAAAGGUUUUAUAUCCUAUAAAAAAUAUGUUCCUCUUACAAUAUACAUAUGAAGAAAUAUAUGAUGAAAUAGAAGAUAAUAUCAAUGAUAAAAAAGACAAAAAACAUAAUAAAAAACAGUCCAUUGUUGUUCAUUAUUACUUUUUUGUACAUAAAAUUCCUAAAAAUAUUCUAGUAAAUAAUGAAUAUUUUAUAAUAUUUUUAAUUAAUGCUAAUUGUAAUCAUCAAAAUAAUAUUUGUUACUUGGAAAAAAAUAAACAAUCAUAUAUACAAAUAAUAUUUAAAAAAGAAAAAGGACAAGAAAAUAAUUAUCUCUUCUUAAGUACCAACUUGUUAUUACAACAAAAAAAUUAUAGUAAUAAUAAUAUAACAUAUUUGAAUAAUACUAAUAAUACACUCAACACUUUAGUCACUUUAUUUAUAAAUAAUCAAGAAAUUACUAAAAAUACUUUAUAUAAAAUUAAUGAAAUUGGAAAAGAAAAAGAAAUCAUUAAUAUCAAAAUAUUAAAUAAUACAGAAAAGAAUAAAGAUAUAUUAAAAAACAAAACAAAUAUAAUUCUAGAUACUAAUUUAAUAAUUGUAAGAGAAUAUGUUUUUUAUAAGUUUCUUCUUAAAAUAUUGUCUUACUUUUCAUAUUUUUAUAUCUUUUUCUUAUCAUGUCUUCAACCAGUACAAAUGAUGAAUCCUAUUCAAAUGAUACAAAUACUAACAUUCAUAAAUUUAAAUUAUUCAUUCCCAUCAUUGUUUAGCUAUUUUAUAAAAAAUAUGCAAAGUCUUUCGUUUAUAUCUCAUUUUAUUUAUGAUCUUAAGAUAUAUAGGAAAAAAAUUAAUAUGUUACAAAAAAAUGAGGACGAUCAAAGUUAUAUGAUAUUUGAUAACCCCCAUGAAGAAACACAACAUAAUAUUAACACUAAUAAUAUAAAAAACAAUGUUGAUAAUAAUUCGUCUAAUGGUUAUAAUAAUCAUAUGGAACAAGAUACACUAAAAAAAACAGACAAAGAUAUUGAAUAUAAUGGUACUAAUAAAUAUCUGCAUGGUAAUAUUGACAAAGAAAAUGACAUAAAUGAAAAUAUUCAAAAUAAUAAAAAUAAUCAAAAUGUUCAAAAUAAUCAAAAUGUUCAAAAUAAUCAAAAUAAUAAAAAUGUGGAAAGAGCUGAAAAUAUUCAUAUUCAUGAUACCCAAAAUAAUAAUAAUUUGAACAACUCCAAUGACAUAUUAAAUAAUUCUUCUCCCAAAAAUAAUGUAGCAUGGUUUAAUAAAAACUAUUUACAAUAUUUAUUUUCUUUAAACACAAAAAAGGAACAAGAACAAAACAACAGCAUGACAUAUAAAAAAUUAGAGGAAUUAAAAAAAUACUUUAUUAAUAAUAUAAAAAAUAUAUAUAUAAGGAAAAAGAAGAAGAAAAGAAAAAAAAAAAAGAAGAAAAGGAAAAAAGAAAACGAAAUACAAGACAUGAAACUAUUACAUAUAUAUAUUAGUACACUUUUAAACAUUAUAAAUAUCAUAUUUAUUUUAUUAUUAUUUUAUUUUAUAUCUAAAAAAUUUAUAUCUAAAAAUAAAUAUCUAAACAAAUUACAUAUACCUUUUUUAUCUAUUCAAAAUUUUACAUUAUUUAUAUUUGAUAUAUUUCUAUAUCCAUUAAUAUUUUCUAUAUGCAAUAUAAUACAAUUUGAAAAUAUAUAUCAUAUUAAAUUAUAUUUUAUAUAUAUAGACUUUCUUGUUCUUAAAAUUAUUUGUCUAUUUUUUCUUGUGUCAUUUAUAAUUCUUUAUAUUAUGCUUCCUAUACCUUUUAUUGUAUACAUAAAUAAUCAUAUUGUUUAUAAUUAUCAUUUCAAGAAAUUUAUUCCUAAAUAUAUUAAUCAUAUAAGUGGAAUAGUAAAUUAUUUUCCUUUCAAAAUAUUUCUCAAGAAUAUAUUAUAUUAUCAUAAAUAUCAAGAAGAACAUCAAGAUAAUCAACAAUUUUCUCCUUCUUCAAAUAUGGUGAAUACAUCACAUGACAAUAUAAAAAAUGAUAUAUUAAAAAUGGAUCAAAAAAAGAUGAAAAAUAUGUUAAUUAAUAUAACAAAGAAAAAUAAAAAAUUUGUGGGCAAAUCAUUUCUCAAACAAAUUAUUGAAAAUUUUGUACACAUACAAAAAGAAGAACUAAAACAAAAUCUAUUGGAGGAUAUAGAUUCUACGAUUAAUAAUAGUGAAUAUGAAAAAAAUGAAAUGAAUAAAAAAAACAAAAACUGUGAUAGUAUAGACACAAAUCAUUCAAAUAAUAAUUUUUUACUUCAUAAUGAUCAACUAGACAUUUGCAAUAAUAUAUCAUUAUAUCAAAAAAAGAAAAAUUUAUUUAAAUGUUGUAAAAGGUUAUUUUAUUUAUUAGAAGAUGAAUAUAAUCAAUAUGAACAAUAUGAUCAAUAUGGUCAGUACAAUAUUGAUGAUUUAAAAAAUAUAAUAAUAACAUCUAUUCCUCAAACAUUGAUUAAAUAUGAUAAAAAUGAUUCUAAAAAAUUAAAUAAAUAUAUCACUUUCGUCAAUCAAAAUAUAUAUAACAAUUAUGAUGAUGAUAUCAUAAAUAUAUAUACAACAUCUCAAAUAUAUAAUUCAUUUCAUACAUAUGAUUAUUCAGUAGACUAUGACAUUAAAAAAAAUAAAUAUAUCAAAGUACGAAUUGACAGAAAUAUGCUAUAUAACAAUAAAAAUAAAGAACAAAAUAUAUUGUUUUUCUUAAAUGUCUUAAAUAAUAUAAAUGUUGGAUAUAUAUAUGAUAAAAUACGUCUUUUUAAAAAUAAUAUAUAUAUAAAAAAAAGAAUCAAUUUAAAACAGUUAUAUAUACUUUUAGCUCAUAAACAAUGUAUAGAACUAUUCAUAAAUAUUGAACAAGCAUAUGAUAAUAAUUUACAAAAUUAUUCAUUUCUUAUUAAUAGUUUUUUUAAUGAAAAUAUGUAUACCUUAGUGUUAAUAAGAUUUAUAAUAGUUGUUUGUGUUAUUUAUAUAAAUCUAUCUAUAUCUCAUAUAAAUAUAUAUCUCCUGUCAUUAUCUUUAUUGUUUCUAUGUAUAUUUAUUUAUCGCUUAUAUUAUAUAAGCAUAAACAAAGAUAUAUUAAAAAAAAAAUGCCAUAUAACAAAGGAAGAUUUAUUAAUAAUAAAUGAUCAACAUGAAAAUGAUAAUCAAUUAGAUACAUACAAAAUAAAACAGCCGAUAGACGAUUCUAUGAACACUUCGAUAAAUCAAAAUAUGCACAAUAAAAUUACACAUACUGAAAUAUACCUAAAAGACAGUCAAUAUAAAAAAGGAGAGGAAAAAAAAAAAAAUGAUGUAAAAAAUAAAUAUAAUAAUGAUUUUGAAAAUAUGUCAAAUAAAAAAAAGAACAAUGUACAGUCAUCAAGUUCAUAUGAACCAAGCGAUAUUAUCCAAGAUAAUAAAAAUUCAAGAAAAAAAAAAUUAUCUAAUAAUAAAAAACAAAAUAGAAAUAUAAUAAAAAUAUAUAAUUUUAUAGAAUCUAUUUUUUUUCAAAUUUUUACUAUAUAUAUUAUCAUAAAAAAUUUAAAAGAAAGACAACAUUACUCAGAAUUAAUUCUUAGUCUCAUAUUAUUUUUAGUAUUAAUUUUUUUUAUGUUUAAUGAAAAAAAUAAAUAUGAAUGCAUACCAUUCCAUUUAUUAUUAAUCCUUUUAACUAUCUCAUUAUAUAUCGAUUUUCUUAUGAUAAAACACAUUUGUAAGGAAAUAUAUUUAUAUAUCAAACAUAUUGUUAUGAUAAAUAUAUAUUCUAAUUAUUAUAUCAAAAUAAAUAUAAUAAAUCAAAUGAAAGCAUUACAAUAUAUGUUUCACAUUUUAAUUUAUAAUCCAAUUAAAAGUAUAAUAAAAAGAGAAACAAAAGAAAAAAUAAAUAUGAAGAAGACAAGUACAUAUAUUAAUAUGAUAAGAGCAAAUAAUAAUAUAUGUUCCUUAUUUUAUCAUAAUAAUAAAAAGAAAAAGUAUAAAUUAAAACAACCAUACACAAAUAUAUCUAUAUUAAAAAAUAUAAGAACUAAUCAUAUAGAAAUAUUUCAAUAUGAAGGUUGUGUUCAUUAUGAAUGCCAACUCUUAAAAACAGAAAAAAAUAAUAUAUACAAUAAAAAAAAAAAAUUAUACAAAAAUUUAUAUUGUUAUUAUAAAAAUUCAGAUAUGAUCCAGAAGGUUUUAAAAAUAGAUACUAUACCUAUAUAUCUAAAUGAUGAAAUGAGAGAAGAACAAAAAAUGUGUAUAUGCACAAUACAAGUAAUUAAUGGCAAAAAUGGUAGAAUAACUAAAGGAAUAUCUUUUUAUAUGAAGAAACAAAAAAAAGGAAAUAAACAUAAAAUAUAUACUUUAUAUUAUAAUAAAAAAUAUAAUAUUUUUAUAACAAACGUGGAAUCAUCAUCUAAGGAAGAAAAAUAUACAAAUAUACAAAAUAAUGAUAUGAUUGAAAAAAAAGACAAAAAUGAAAUAUAUAAACAAAUAAAUAGUAAAUACAACAUUUUUAGUGAAUAUAUAACCGAUAAAAUAAAUGACAAUUAUGAUCAUUCUUAUGUAGAUAAUAUUAAUUCAUAUAAUAAAGAAUAUAAAAUUAUAAAAAUUGAUAAAUAUUCCUAUACGACAAUUAAUGAAAAUAAUCUAAUUAUAAAUAGCUUAUUCAUUAAACCAAAUAGGAUAUAUAAAUUACAAAUAAUAUUUAAAAGUAAAUAUCUUAAAAAUAUUACAUUUGAUAAAAAAAAAAAUGAGAGAAACUGUUUUUUUGAUAAAGAAGAUAUAAUAAACAUAAAACCAAACGAAUGUACAAAUAAAGAAAAUAAAAAAUAUUAUGAGUAUUUAAAAGGAGAAAAACAUUAUGAUAAUACAAAUGAUAAUAAAAAUAUUGAUAGUAAUAAUGAAAAAUAUAAUAAUAUAAAUACAUAUAUAUUAAAUAAAAACAAUUUAAACCAAGGAAAUUAUAAAAUAUAUACUAUCAUAUGUAAAGAUAUAGGAAAAAUCAUAAUUCCUUAUGAUAUAAGUUAUAUAAAUAUUUUUGAUGAUAUAAAAGUAGAAAAUAAAAAUAAAGAAAUAAUUUAUUUAAAUAUUCAUUCGAAUCAUAUAUGUUUUAUUAAAAAAGAUAAUCGUAUUAUACUAUAUCAUCCUUCUUUUGAGAAAUAUGAAAUAUAUCAUGUGUAUCUUAAAAAUUUAAAAAAAAAUAUUACAGAUUAUGUAAGUAAUGAAUUUGAAAUAAAAAGUUCACAAAGUGGACAAAUCAUUUUAAGUAUUUAUAAGGAUGUAGAAAAUAAUGAUGAUAUUAUAUAUAAACAAAACAACAAUAUAGAUGGAAAUAAAGAUAAUCCAAAAAUUAUGUUUGAUGAUAAUAUAUAUAUUUAUAAAAUAGUCAAUUAUAAAAAUACAAAAGAUAUUUUUGUCAAGGUACAGAAAAAGUACAAUACUUUCUUUUCUCCAAUAUUAGAUAAUUAUGAUGAAAAAAUUUUGGAACAAAAUAAAUUUGAUCUUUCCAUUUUUAAAGCCUGCCUUAAUAAUAUGGAAAAAAUAGAUGAACAAGAAAAUAAAAUAGAUAACACAAAUAAUGAAUUUCAUGAAAAGAAUGCAGAUGAAAACAUGAUUGAUAUGGUCAAACCAUAUGAUGAUUUCUGCAAAGAAAUAGAGCAUAAUUAUUUUAUACCAAUUCAAAUAUUGUAUAAAGUUAAAUCACCUUAUUGCAUUUCACUUAUUAAAGACUUACAAUAUUAUUUUAUAAAUUGCCUAAACGAUAAUGAUGCUAAUAAUAAGAAUAAAAGAAAAGAAAAAAAAAAAAAUAAUGAUAUCGAAUAUAAUAUAUUGCCUACCAAAAAGGUCGAAGUUUCUACAAAAGAACAGUCUAAUGUUUUAUCAGAUGAGCAAAAUAAUAAAAAAAACACUAAAAGUCCUAACUACUCAAAUUAUGAACUAUUACAAAAUUCAGAUAAUUCUAAGGAUAGCCAAAAGGAAUCAAAAGAAAAUAUUAUAAUAAGAAGAAAAAAAAAAAAAAGAAAUCACAAUUUGUUUUUAAAAAAAGACCUACUGAUAAAUUAUACAUACGGAAUUUUUAAAAAAAUAUACAACAUUUUUUCAGUGAAAAAUAAAAUACAGGUACGUCAAAAUAAUGUAUCACAUCAAAAUGAUAUGUCACAUAAAAAGUUUUCGGAUGAAAAAAAAAAAAAGAGAGAAAUAUUUUUUAGAUAUGUACCUGAUUAUAAAAAAGCAAUAAAUAUAUAUGCUACUAGUAUUCAAGUUUAUGAAAAUAAAUACAACUUUUUACUAAGUAAUAAAGGGAAUAUCAAAUUAUUAUCUAAUUUUUUAAUUGAUAAUUUAAAUAUUUCAUUUAUAAUUACUUUGUUCGACAAAUAUUCUUUAUUUCAUAAUGAACAUGAUGAAACAAAUAUAAAUUUGGAUAACAUCCAUUUUAAUAUAUAUGAAAUAUAUAAAAAAUGUUCGAAUGAUAAAAAAAGAUUACUAUCUAAAAUUAUAUCAUAUUUAGAACAAUUAGUAGCAUAUAAAUUCUUAUGCAUUAUUAAAUAUUAUGGUCAAAAAUUAAAUUAUCUUCUCUUACUAGAUCAAAUUAAUAACGAUAUGGAUAUAUAUAAUAUUCAAAAAAAAAUCGAUUAUUUAUUUUUUAAUAAGUAUAAUUUCAUAAAAAAAGAAAUAAAAAAACAUUAUAAAAUGAAAAAUUAUAGAAACAAAAAUGAUCCAAAUGAACAUUCUGAGAAACAACAAGGUGUAGACAUUUCUAUUAAUAAUAAUAUAAAAUAUAUAUAUGAAAAAAUCGUAAAAAAAUAUGUAAAACAAAAAAAAUAUAUGAAUAAAUGUUUAUCAGAUAUAAAACAUAAUAUAUAUGAAAUUAGAAAAAAAUAUCCUACCAUAUAUAAUUAUCCAUAUUUCCCUUUCUUUAUUAAUAAAUCUAAUAUAAUAAAAAUUAAAUAUGAUAUAGAUCAGCAAAUAUAUUAUUGGAAUAAUUGUCUUACCAAUUUUUUUAGUAAUAUAAUAGAAAAGUCUUUAACACAUACUAAUUUAAAAUAUAACAUACGUAUAAUGAAUAAUCAUAUUCUAAAUCAUAUAAAAGAUACAUUAUUAAUACGCACAAAAUAUAAGCAUAUAAAAAAUUAUAAUUUUGCUCAUAUAAUUAUUUCACAUCAUUUUUUAAAUCCACAAGUUGAACAUUUUUCUUCUAUAACUCCUAUAUUUUUUUUUAUGAAAAUAUUACCAUCCAAUUUUAUAUUCUUUCCUAAUGAUAAAUAUAAUUCUAUAUAUAAUAAAGAAAACAUAGAACAAAAAAAUAAAAAUAAUCAAACUGAUACUAUAAAAAACAAUGAUCAUAUAAUGGAUCAAUCACAAAAAGAUAGGCCCCUUUCUACCUUUAAUCCAUACAAUACUAACAACAUGAAUGAUAAUCUAACUUCUACAAAAUUAAUACCAUGUUAUAUACAAAUAAUAAAUAAUGACUUACUAAUAUAUAUUUUUGACAAUCAUAAUAAUAAAAUCUGUUGGAAAUUAGCAAAAAAGGAUUAUAAUAUUUACAAAGGAAACGAAAAUUACAGUGAAGUUACAUAUACACAAUCUAUUGAAGAUCAAAUAAAAAAUGAUCACAUGGAUGAAGGACAUAAUAACAUACAAGAUAAUAUAAAUAAUAAUACAAAGCAAUAUAAUCCUUGUGUUAAUAUAAACAAUAAUAAUUUUUUAAAUAACAAAAGGGAGGAAACACAAGAAGAUGAAGAUAAUAGCUAUAUUCAAACAUAUUCAUAUAAUAAGGAUACAUCCUUUAUACAUUCUUUAAAAAAUAAAAGAAAAAAAGAUAAAUCCAAUAAUUUUUGUAAGGAUGGAUAUUAUACUUUAUUAGAUGAUAAUCAUUUAAAUAACAACAAUUUAAAUAAAAAUUUAUUUUUUUUUACAAAUUUUGAUCAUUAUUUCUCAAAUAUAUAUAAGAUUAUAAAAAAUUAUAUUAAAAAGAAAUAUGCCUUUUUCCUUUAUAUAUGUAAUGGAAAAAACAUAGACAAAUAUAUCUAUGAAACAGCCCCUGAAUUCAUUGACAUAUUUAUUCAAAUAAAUUAUAUAUGUAAAGAAAAAUUAAGAAAUAAUCUUACUAUAAAUGAUGAUAUGAUUGUAAAUAAAAAUAAAAAAGAGCUAAACCUGUUGGAUAAAAGAAUCAAGGAAAUAUUGUUAGAGACUCAUGAAAUAUUAAAAAAUGAAAAAGAAUAUAAUAAUGUUAUGAAGGAAAAUAAAAAUGUACUUAUAGAUAUAAUACAAAAUUUUACCAAUAAUAUAAAUGAAGUACAUCAAAAUAGUUAUACAAAUAAAUGUAUAAAAAAAAAAAAAUAUAUAUGUAAAAAUAUAUAUAUGAAUAAUAUAUAUCAUAAAAAUGAAAAUUUUAUAGCUAAUCCAAAUAACAAUAUUUAUUACAACACAAAUAUUGUAAGAACUGAAGAUACAAAUAACAAUUUUUGUUAUAAUAUACAACUUUUUACAUAUAAUUUUUUCAACCAAAAAGUAAAUAAAUUAUUAAAAAAUCAUUAUAAUUAUAUUUGUAUGAGUGAAAAAAAUGAUGUGGAAAAAUAUGAACAAUUUGAAAAGACUAUUAGUAGAACUGAUGAUGAAGAGGAUCAUAUAUCUAUUACGACAAUGGAAAAUAUAUCUAUGACUAGUGCUGAUAUAAUUGAUGAAUAUUCAGUUGAAUAUACUGAUAAAUAUAAUGAAAAACAUGAUAAUUUAUAUGAUGAGAAAGAAGUAGACGAGAUGUCAUCAAUAAUUCAAACUUUCCAUUUAAAUGAAAAUCCAAAUAAAUAUUAUUACUUAUUAAAGAAGAUAGAAAGAUCAAGAUGUUCAAAUUUAUUUAAUAUAGAAAAUGAUAUAUAUGAUUACAAUAGGUGCAUUCAUAGGGAGCUCAUAUUUUAUAACAGGAGGCAUGAAAUUUUUUGUAAAUAUAUUGGAGAUAUGAAAAAUAUGCUAUAUAAUGGGAAAGGGAAAUUAUAUGAUAAAUUUAAUAGUUUAAUAUAUGACGGAGAAUGGAAAAAUUGUGAAAAAAAUGGUAAAGGAAAAUUAUUAUUCAAAUAUUUUAAUAUAUGGUAUUUAUAUGAAGGUAAUUUUUGUAAUGAUGAAAUUGUAGAUAAAGGAAUUAUAUCAUUAAUUGACAAAGAAUAUGUAAAAAAUAUAGAGUGUAAAAAAAUAAAUAAAUUGUGUCCUUUAUUAAUUAAAGCAAAUUUUUGUAGAAACGGACAAAGAAAAACUACAAAGGAAAUACCAUCGAAUGUUACCCAGGUGGAAAAUAUAACAAAUAAUGUAACAAAUAAUAUAACAAAUAAUAUAACAAAUAAUAUAACAAAUAAUGUAACAAAUAAUGUAACAAAUAAUAUAACAUAUAAUAUAACAAAUAAUAUACAUAAAAAAAAGAGCAAAAAAAAAUUAACCAAAAAAAUUAUGAACAAAAUACAAAAUACAGUUAUGGCAAAUUAUAGUUAUACAAAUAACGUAGAUUGUUGGUCUAAAGAUAUUAUUGAUAUAUAUAUGCCUUAUUUGAAAAAGUGGAAUAUAUAUUCAUUUUAUUGUUCAAGUAAUAUUGAAAAUAUUAAUAAAAGGAAAGAUAUUUUUUUGCACAAUAACAAUAAUAACAAUUUUAAAUAUCUUAUUGGCUAUCCUUCUUUUGAACUUGUAGAUGCAGACAGCACACAAAAUAAGUUAGAAUAUAAUAAUAUGGAAAACAAUAAAAAUCUAGUAAACACACAAAUAAAAGACGAAUUAAUAGAAAAUAAAAAACAAAUUAAAGAGAAUUACCAAAUAUAUAAUAAUAUGUUAAACACAGGAAUAUCUUCUAUUAUACAAAAUGAUACACAAAAUAAUUACCAUAUGGAUAAUAUUGACAAAAUAACAAAGCCAAUAAAUAAAACAUUUCUAAGGAAUGAUAAAUCUAAUAUGAAUGUACAUAUUAUUUAUCAAAAUAAUUUACUACAAAAUGAAUUUAUUGAUUCCAUGAAAAAUAUAAAUGAAGACAAGUUGUAUUAUCCAAUUAUAAACAAAUGUAUAGGAUUGACUAAAAUAAUAUAUGCUGAUAAAAGUGAAUAUUUUGGAGCUGUCAAUGAUAGAGGAGAACCAAACACAAAUGAAAAAUAUCCAAAAGCAUUUUUUAAUAAUGAAUACUUUUUUUAUGAAGGAGAAAUGAAAAAUUUUUUACCUAAUGGAUAUGGUAUAUUUAAAAAUAAAGAAAAAGAUAAAAAUACAUAUAUAGGUUAUUGGAGUAAUGGAUAUAGACAAGGCAAUGGAUGCUUACAUUUAAAAAAUAAAAAGUAUAUUAUACAAGGAAGAUUUUAUAAAGAUGAAAUUAAAGAUCAUAUUAAUAUUUAUAUAAGAGAUGAUAAAAUAUCUAAAUUACAUUUAUCUAGUAAAAGAAAUAAAAAUUGUCAAAAAAUGAAAAUAUAUUUUAAAAACGGAUAUAUUUUCUAUGGCUAUUUUACUCCUAAUUUUAAAAGACAUGGUAUAGGUAUAUUAAUUGAUAAUCAUAAUAAAAUAUUAUAUCAUGGAUAUUAUGAAAAUGAUAUAAUUGAUAAAUUCUGUUAUAUAUUAAGACAUAAAGAUAAUACUAUAUAUAGUGGAAAUUUAAAUAAAGGAUUAAAACAAGGAUUUGGAAAAUUAUACAAUGAACCCAAAAUUAAUAUUUUAGAUAAUCAAAAACAAAUUAAUAUAACUCCAUCGAAUGAACAUAUCUUAGCUAGAAAAUUAGAACCACAUGAUUCUAUAGAUAUAUAUUCUAACAUUAAUAUAAAUUUCAAUAUACCAUCUAAUAAUAUAGUUUAUAUAGGCUAUUGGGAUCAAAAUAAUUAUUCACAUUUUGGAUCAUGUAAUUUAAAAAAUGGUAUUUAUAAAGGUGAAAUUAAACAAGCUAAAAAAGAAGGUCUAGGUAUAUAUAUAUAUAAGAAAAAAAAAACAUGUAAAAAUAAAAAUAGAUAUAUUUUAUCCUAUUUCAAAAAUGAUAAAAUAGAUAAAAUGGGGAAAUAUUAUACAGAAUAUGAUAAACUUAAAGUUUAUCCAUUCGAUAAAGAACAAAUUAUUCCUCAAUUAAAUUCAUAUGAAAAAUGUCUAAAAAAAGGUAAUAAUAUACCACCACAUAUUUUAAAAACAGAUAAUUUAUUUAUAAAUCAAGAACUUGAUUCUUAUAUUACAUUACCACUAUCUGAAAUGGUACAAACUAUUAUGAACGAAAUUUUUGAUAAGUCCACAAGUUUUAUAAAUUAUCUUAAUGCUUCUUUCAAAUUUGAUUUGAAUUAUUUCUUAAAAAAGUAA